AUGGCCGACCAUGUCCCAAGAAUAGCUAUGUGGACAGGGCUUCGCCAGCAUCUCGUCAAGCUCACCUCCCAUUUCUUGAGAAGUGCCUCCGACUACAUCCGCUUCCACGCCGUCUGCAAGUGUUGGCGUUCCGCCGUCCCCCCCUGGCCCCGUCACCUCCCCGCUCAGCUCCCCUUCCUCCUCUACCUCUCUACCCCGGAACCAAGAAACAGUUCUGCCUUCUGCCUCGCCAACGCCUUUAAUGGAAGCAUGCGCCGCCUACCUCACACCACCAGCAUGUAUUGCAUCGGCUCCUCUUACGGGUGGCUCAUCCUCAUCUCCAAAGUCACCUCCGCGGUCUCCCUCUUCAACCCCGUCACCGCCGAAGACAUUCCUCUCCCCCCACUCUCCACCCUCCCAUCAUGCGUACUGCUCUUGUUCUACCAAUCGGAGGAUGACAUCGGAUCUUACUUCAUCAAAACGGACUACCCCAACAUUCCGGUCGAGUCCAUUCGGUGUGCGUCGCCGCAAGGGACUUCCCAGGGUUCCUGGGGAAUGCCAUCUACUACGUGA